CUAAGAUUCGAUAUUGGACAUAAGAAUGAUAAGAAAUUCUUAAUGUGGAGCAUUUUUUUCUUUAAUUGAGAAUCAUUAUGCAAUUCAAAUCAAAAUAAACCGAGACUCUAAAAUAUAUAUCAAACACCAAUCGAUCUCGAAAUCCAAAUAAAAGAUAAUUUGAGUUUAAGGAUUUUCUUUGCAUAUAUGAAAAAGAAAAGUUUGAACAAAUUCAGGAAAUAAUCUCAUUAUUCAUUUUGGAAUGACGUUUUUAUUGCCUUGGUGUCACUAUUUAGUAAACAUGCAGAAUGUAACAAAUUAAAAAACACCAAAAGAAACAUAAAAAAAAAGAAGUGAAAGUGGGUUAUGAUUAAAAAUAAAUAAAUAAAAUAAAAAUAAAAUAAAAUAAAAUUUUAUAGGUGGAAGAAAAAGUUGUUAAUAAGGGAUUAUAUAAACUUAAGUACUGAGUAACAACUGAAAUCACACCACUCACAAGUCACAACUAUAAAUUGAAAGUACCUCAGUUCAGAAUAUAAUUUGAAGAAAAAACAUGGAUUAUGCUCCAACUUCAGGUGUAAACAACAUGACCAACGUCAACACAGGGGUGGAUCAGCUAGCUCAACGCCUGUUGGAAGUGCAACUCCCGAUGGCGAGCGUGACGAGAAUCAUGCGCGGUAUCCUUCCAACGAACGCGAAAAUCAACGAUGAAUCGAAAGAGUCUAUGCAAAAAUUAGUGAGCUACUAUAUCAAUCGUAUCACAAAAAAGGCUAUGGAACGUAUGGAGAGACGAAAGACUGUGACAACUGAGGAUAUUCUUUGGGCCAUGAUCAAUAUGGGCCUGACUAUCCAUGCUGGGCUUUUAGCCCAAUACCUCAGCAGGUAUCGUGAAUAUAAUCCAGUGAGUUAUUACAACGUGCGCAAGCCCAAUUGUGAAUUAAAUGUCAAUCCACUCGCUGCAUCCCAUCCUAAUGAACCCGUCCCGGGUUAUCCAUACCCGUAUUUCCCACCAAACAUGUUGUUUUAUGAUCCUGUUACUACUACCCUGGUAACUUCCAGGGACUUUGAGAUGGCCACGGGGAAUGAUGGUAGUCCUUCUGAGGCUUCUACUUCAACUGUUAUGCCUGCUUAUCCAUUUGGACAGUUGGGAUAGUAGACUGAUGAUGUGAACAAGCAGGUGGCGUUGUGUUGUGGUAUAUUCCAAUUGGAAUAAUAAUGUUUUUAAGUAUGUUUUAUCGUUUGAACUCUAUCUGGAGUAACAGUAUGUUUGUGUUUUCAAGUUUGUGUUUUUUUUUUAAGUUUCCUUGUUAAGAACUCUAUGUUUAUGUACUAAUAAGCCACCUGUGUUAAGAACUUUAUGUUAUGUACAAGUAAGCUACCUGUGUUUUGUAUAAUAAAUAAAUGUGUGUGUUUAUAAUUUCCUUUUGUUUGUUGUAUGAUGCUUAUAGUCUCACUUUCUUCUUCUUGUGAAAAUAAUCGAGCUAUGAUUACUCAAGACUCUUCGUAAAUGUUGUCGUACCUGUAUUUGAUCCGUUGUGAUGCAUCUAGUGACAUUUUGAAGAGUCUGAACAAUCAUAGCAAGCGACAAGGCAAUCAUGCUUUAUUUAUAACCACAGAACAACAACAUAUGUAGUGAAGUCUCAAGUGAACGCUUCAUAUAUAGAUCUACUUUUAAUGAGAUCUUGGGUUUUAUGUGUGUUCUUAAUCACAUGAAGUAAGAUAUGUAUUUGCACUUAUUUUUUUUUUUAAAAAAAAGUUACAGUUGAAGUCAGUUGUUGGAUCAUUGCUCUCUAUAAAGAUUGUGUUGUUUGAUAAAAUCAAUUAUUUUCUUAAUAAAUAUUUUUCUUGAAAAACAUCAUUCAUCAUAUCAAACAUAAAUCUUGAGUAUAAUUUUCUACCUACAUGAUAUAUAAUUCUUCAGCAAAAGAUAUUCAAUUGAUCACACCCUUCAUUAUUUAUAGCUACAUCAUUGUUUAUAGGAUUCUUAGUUUUAUCCUAAUUAGAGGUCUAAGAUUCGAUAUCUGGACAUGAGAAUGAUAAAAAGUUCCUAAUGUGAAGCAUUUUUUUCUUCAAUUAUGAAGCAUUAUGCAAUGCGAAUCAAAAUAAAUCAAGACUCUAAAAUGUAUAUCAAACACCAAUCGAUCUCAAAAUUCAAAUAAAAGAUAAUUUGAAAUUAUGGAUUUUCUUUGCAUAUAUGAAAAAGAAAAGUUUGAGAAAAUUCAGGAAAUAAUCUCAUUAUUUAUUUUGGAAGGACGUUUUUAUUGCCUUGGUGUCACUAUUUAGUAAACAUGCAAAAUGUAACAAAUUAAAAAACACCAAAAGAAACAAUAAAAAAAAUUAAAAUGGGGUAUGAUUAAAAAUAAAUAAAUAAAAUAAAAAUAAAAUAAAAUAAAAUAAAAUUUUUUAUUGGCGGAAGAAAAAGUUGUUAAUAAGAGAUUAUAUAAACUUAAGUACUUUGUAACGACUGAAACCACACCACUCACAAGUCACAACUAUAAAAAGAUCAAAAUAAAUUGAAAGUACCUCAGUUACAAAAAUAAUUUGAUGAAAAAACAUGGAUUAUGCUCCAACUUCAGGUGUAAACAACAUGACCAACGUCAACACAGGGGUGGAUCAGCUAGCUCGACGUCUGUUGGAAGUGCAACUCCCGAUGGCGAACUUGACGAGAAUCAUGCGCGGUAUCCUUCCAACGAACGCGAAAAUCAACGAUGGAUCAAAAGAGUCUAUGCAAAAAUUAGGGAGCUACUAUAUCAAUCGUAUCACAAAAAAGGCUAAGGAACGUUGCAAUAUGGAGCGACGAAAGACUGUGACAGCUGAGGAUAUACUUUGGGCCAUGAUCAAUAUGGGCCUGACUAUCCAUGCUAGGCUUUUAGCCCAAUACCUCAACAGGGACUUUGAGAUGGCCGCGGAGAAUGAUGGUAGUCCUUCUGAGGCUUCUACUUCAAUUGUUAUGCCUGCUUAUCCAUUUAGACAGUUGGGAUAGUAGACUGAUGAUGUGAACAAGCAGGUGGCGUUGUGUUGUGGUAUAUUCCAGUAUGGAAGAAUAAUGUUUUUGAGUAUGUUUUAUCGUUUGAACUCUACCUGGAGUAACAGUAUGUUUGUGUUUUCAAGUUUCCUUGUUAAGAACUCUAUGUUUAUGUACUAAUAAGCCACCUGUGUUAAGAACUUUAUGUUAUGUACUAGUAAGCUACCUGUGUUUUGUAUAAUAAAUAAACGUGUGUUUAUAAUUU